AUGCGAUGCGCGAGCAAGGCUGCCGAGAGCGCGUCUGCACGUCUCUGUGCGGAUGCCGAAGCAGAAACCGCAGCAACUGAUGUCUCAUCGGUUGCUAAAGCGACUCAGCCUGUAUCACCUGUAGAUGCAGACGCUCGUCAUGAAGACACUCAUGUCUUCACAGAGUAUGAGCUCGGUGCCUCAUGCUCACCUGAUACGGAAGACGUAUCCGUAUCGACGGCUAUCGAAUCCCAGCCGCCUGCCAAGCGUGGCAUGGAUGAUGCUACACGUCGUAGCAUCUUUGGUUCAUCUGACGAAUCAGAUGAACCAUCGCCAAAGCGAAUGCGCUCGAGAUUGCAAGUCGCGGGCGCUCACAGUGGUGUCGGUUGUCCUAUUGACACCACUUCACAGCGAGGUGCCAGUACUUCUGUCGGCACGUCGCAGGAAGAGCGGGACCGCAAUGUCUUGCAUCUAGCUCCUGAAAAGAAGGCAUGGAUGCCUCCUAAAUCUAUCAUGGAUCACUUGUCGGCGACGAUGAGUGAUCGUUAUCGAACAAGGUUGUUCGAUUCGUCAAGGAUCCAUCACCUUGACCCCAGUGCGAAGAACUAUCUCACUGAGCAUGAAUUCUUCAUCGAUGCUUUCUUUAGACAUCGAUGGUACAGUGGAAUCACAAACGUGAUGGUCCCUCACUGCUUCAAGCGUGGAACACCUACAUCCAUAACCUUGAGGAUGUAG